AACCCUACCAAAACCCUUUCAGCUUCACUCACUCUCUCUCUCUCUCUGUGAUUACAGUUGAAAGAAAAUGCCGCUAGGGGAAAGGUCAGGGCAUAAGGAGUCUCGGUACUGCGGGGUGGAGACUGAGUUCUACGAUGACAUUCCUCAGCUUUUGGCUUACAAUAUCUCUUCCGGUGGCUUCGAUUUCGCCGUGGCUCCUCUGAUGGAUCCCGCUUAUCGGCCAAGCUUAAUGGAGAAAGGCACUGGUGGAUCGGGUGUUCUGCCCUUUGCUGGGUCAGACUUGGUUUUGAGCCCAUCCCAAUGGAGUAGUCAUGUUGUGGGAAAAAUUAGCUCAUGGAUUGACUUGGACUCGGAGGAUGAGAUUCUUCGGAUGGAUUCUGAAACCACUCUGAAGCAAGAAGUAGCUUGGGCUUCUCAUCUUUCCCUUCAGGCAUGCCUUCUUCCUGCUCCUAAGGGAACAUCAUGUGCUAAUUAUGCUAGGUGUGUUAAUCAGAUAUUACUGGGCGUAAACAAUAUGCAGUUGUGGCUUAGGAUUCCCUUGUUGAAGACAGAUGAUGACUCUAUGGAUAUAAACUCCAAUAGUUUGGUUGAUUCCUGGGAGCUGUGGAAUUCAUUUCGUAUGCUUUGUGAACAUCACAGUCAAUUGUCAAUUGCCCUUGAUGUUUUGAGUUCACUACCUUCAGCAAACUCACUUGGACGUUGGUUUGGAGAGUCUGUAAGAGCAGCGAUUAUAGAUACUGAUUCUUUUCUAACUAAUGCUAGGGGUUAUCCAUGCUUGUCAAAGCGCCACCAGAAGCUAAUUACGGAGUUUUUCAACCAUUCUGUUCAGAUUGUCAUAUCUGGAAAACCAGUACAUGGUCUUCCAAAGGGGAGUGCAGAUUUGGCUGCCAAUAAUAAUGAUAGUAAUUUCGAUGAUUGGGUCCUGCAGAAGGUGAAGGAUUGUGUGGGAAUAUCGUGUGAGGGGUUUGAAGAGGAAAACAAGGCUUUGUUUACAGCCAUUGAAGCAAGUCAUUACAAGGAUAAAUUGGCCUCCUUUUCCAACCCAGCUAACAAAGGUGUACAUAGACAUCCCCUGAGGUCAUAUUUGGACUAUGUUGGUUAUCUUUAUCAAAGAAUGGAUCCACUUCCUGAACAAGAAAGAUUUGAGCUUGGUUACAGGGAUUUUUUACAGUCGCCCUUGCAACCUCUGAUGGAUAACCUUGAGGCUCAAACCUAUGAGACAUUUGAGAAAGAUGCAGUGAAAUACAUUCAGUACCAAAGGGCAAUUUGUAAGGCUUUGCAAGAUAGAGUCCCUGAUGGAAAGGCAUUGAUGAUAACCACUGUAUUGAUGGUUGUGGGAGCAGGACGUGGACCUCUUGUUAGGGCGUCAUUGCAAGCUGCUGAAGAAACCGGGCGCAAGCUUAAAAUUUAUGCUGUGGAGAAAAAUCCUAAUGCAGUUGUUACACUACAUAGUCUAGUCAAGCUAGAGGGCUGGGAAAACAUUGUUACCAUAGUUUCUAGCGAUAUGCGGUACUGGGAUGCUCCUGAGAAAGCUGAUAUUUUGGUUAGUGAACUGCUAGGUUCUUUUGGUGACAAUGAACUGUCUCCUGAAUGCCUUGAUGGAGCCCAGAGGUUUUUGAAAGAUGAUGGGAUUUCAAUACCGUCCUCAUACACAAGUUUCAUUCAACCAAUAACAGCUUCAAAGCUGUAUAAUGAUGUUAAGUCACAUAAAGAUGUUGUGCACUUCGAAACUGCUUACGUUGUCAAACUGCACAAUGUAGCAAGGCUUGCUCCUUCUCAACCUGUCUUUACAUUUACUCAUCCAAAUCGGUCGACUAACAAAAGCAAUCAGCGCUACAUGAAGCUUCAGUUUGACAUACCCAGUGAGACUGGAUCUUCCAUGGUGCAUGGAUUUGCUGGCUAUUUUGAUGCAAAAUUAUACAAAGAUAUACAUCUUGGUAUUGAACCAACAACAGCAACACCAAACAUGUUCAGCUGGUUUUCAAUAUUUUUCCCACUGAGGACGCCAGUAGUUGUGCAUCCUGGUUCUUCUCUAGAAGUACAUUUUUGGCGUUGUUGUGGUCCUGCCAAGGUUUGGUAUGAAUGGUGCAUUACAUCUCCUUCACCGUCAUCCAUUCAAAACAGCAAUGGACGUUCAUACUGGGUAGGCCUCUAGUAUUACUUGAUUCUGUAUAUUUGUUUUCAUGAUCCAGACAGUUUUGAUGUAACAUUCACAUACCGCUAGAGGUCAAACCCGUUGGGUGCUCUGAAUCUUGUAUUCAUAAUGUCACUCAAUUGUAAUGUACAAUAUAAUGUUGAGAUUCUUCU